UUCUCUUUGUUUCCUAAUCAGAAGGAAACCUCCCUCACAUUCCGCAGCUGCAACCUAUAUAAAGGGAUUGGGUUCGGGCACUCCUGUUUUUCCUCGAAUACUUGAGGGAAGGUGAUUUUUCAUCCGCAGCCCUCGAGAGCAUGGAGAGCACUUGGAGGGUUUGCGUUUGUUUGUACUGCUGCUUGUCCUGGCUCUCUGCGGGCGCCCAGGGCUCGCCCCGCUCCCGGGGCCGGGGGGGCUCUGCAGUGCCCCGCGGGUUUUGGGGGGCUCCCGAGGCUGCUGCGGGGCCGCAGCUGCCCCGAGGCGCGGCCCCAGCCCAGGCCCUCCUGCCCCCGCUGCUCAAGGUGCUGCGCGACCGCGGCCCCCGCGGCUGGCAGGGCGAGGCGCCGCGGCUGCAGCCGGACUCGCGGGCCCUGCGGUACAUGAAGAGGCUGUACCGGCUCUCUGCCACCAGGGACGGCGUGCCCCGGGCGCAGCGAGGCCGCCUCUACAACACGGUGCGGCUCUUGGCGCCGUGCUGGGACUGCGAGCGCAGCCCCGCGCACCUGGCCAAAGGAGAUACUCACUCGGUGGAUUUACUCUUCAGCUUGGAUCGUGUUACUGCUCUGGAGCACUUACUCAAGUCUGUCUUGCUUUAUUCCUUUGACACAUCUGUUCCCAUUUCCUCUUCCAUUACCUGCAUAUGCCAUUUAUCCCUCAAGGAACAUGAUUUUUCCAGCCAAGUUUGUCCCAGCAUUUCCCACUCUUUAGCUUUUAGCCUGCACUCUGACGUUAGGAAACGCAAAUGGGUGGAGAUGGAUGUGACUUCUUUCCUGCGGCCUCUGAUUGCUAUGAGCAGGAGGAACGUGCACAUGGCUCUGAACUUCACUUGUCUGACGGGUGACCCACAAGGGAGCACGAAGCUGGGAAAGGCUAUGAAUGUGACACUGGUUCCCCCUUCCCUUCUGCUCUAUCUGAACGACACCAGCGAGCAAGCUCAUCACCGGGGGAGCUCACUGGGGCACGGGAGGAAAAGCAGCAGCCCGCAGGUGGAUGCUCCAAGGGGUGACCAAGGCAAUGCCCAGGGUAAAAGGGCCUCUCGGCAGCGAAGGAACGAGAAUCCCAAAGCGGCGCCAGCCUCCUCGCCCCACAACCUGAAGCAGUUCGCGUUCCCUCCGCACGAGUGCGAGCUGCACAACUUCCGCCUGAGCUUCAGCCAGCUGCGCUGGGACCGCUGGAUCAUCGCCCCGCACCGCUACAGCCCGCAGUUCUGCCGCGGGGACUGCCCCCGCGCCCUGGGCCAGCGCUACGGCUCCCCGGUGCACACCAUGGUGCAGACCCUCAUCUACGAGCGCCUGGACCCCGCCGUGCCGCGGCCGUCGUGCGUGCCCGCCGCCUACAGCCCGCUCAGCGUGCUCACCAUCGAGCCCGACGGCUCCAUCGCCUACAAGGAGUACGAGGACAUGAUCGCCACCAAGUGCACCUGCCGCUAGCGGCUCUGCUUGGGCACGGUGUGCGCUCCAAAUACACCUUUUAGUUUUGCAUUCUCAAGGUGCUGUAGCUACGACCACUGGAACUCCAGGAGCUGGGAUUUAGCACCGAGUUAGCACAAGGGGGUUCACAUCAGAGCACUGGUUUUUGUACUCACUCAGCCUCUCUAGAAUGUGCAAUUAAAUGUAAAUAGUGUCUUUUUAUCGGGAGAAUUUUGCAUUUAAAAUGGGGGAAAGGUUUCAACUAUUAAAUGUCUAUUUUUAAGCUGCUUUAUUACAGAUUUAAAAAAAGGAGAGAGAAAUAAAUGGCUGUCACACAUACCCUGACAUGCAGUGCCUGCUACUCUGCCUCUACAGAAACCUUGUGUGUGGCAUCUCCAGCAAUGACUAGCAAGGGGAGAAAGUCUUUAAUGUCAGAAUUAUUUCUUCAGUUUUUCAUUCUCUUCCCCUACCACAUUCCAGCUCUUCCAAGCAGGGUGACAAAACCCUUCCUCACAGUUCUAUAAAGAUUAAAAGGUUGUUUUUUUGCUUUUCUUCUGUUGCACUCUGGGCUUUCUCAGCUAAAAGAAGGGUGAGAAUUUAAGGGCAGUUGUGGGUAAUUUGUGGACACUUUAGGCACUAUUUUGGUAACAACUGGCAUCAGGUGAGGCUUCCUUUAUUCAAGAAUAAGGAGCAGCUGUCCAUGGGGUGAGAGCAGAACAUUGUCUGCUGGAGGCACAUUGCCACUAGCUUCUUAAAUAGGAAGAAUUGUUUAAAAAGCCUAAUCCCCCAAAAUGGCUUCUAAAAUCCUUAAA